AUGAUCGACCGCGAGAAACCGGUCCAGGACUGCUUGCGGCAUCUCAUGCCGAGCCUCUCAAUAUAUACUGAAGGCAGGCACUAUCAGGAUUGUCUCGAGCUAUAUAAUCAUGCGCUGAGCAAGCAAUCACUGGUCUGCGCCCGGCCGCGGACAGAACAAGAGGUCUCACAUCUGGUUCAAUUAUGUACCGAAGAAUCCAUUCCCUUUGCUGUACGCUCAGGUGGUCAUGACUUCUUCGGUCGCUCGCUGGUUCACAAGGGCAUUCUCAUCGACAUGCGCGCAAUGGACUCGGUCGGAGUCGAGCCGGACCAAGCCAGCGCGCGCGUUGGUGGCGGGGUGAUUGCUGGCCCCCUGCAGGAAACACUCAAUUCUCAAGGCUUAUUCACCCCUACUGGACAGGCAAAAUCCGUGGGUUAUGUCUCGUGGGCCUGUGGUGGAGGGUAUGGCUUCUAUGUUGGGACGUACGGGUUUGGGGUCGAUCAGAUCCUCGGGGCUCGAGUGGUUCUGGCCGGGGGGCACGUUGUUGAUACCGACGAAGAUCCAGAAUUACUGUGGGCACUCCGCGGGGCCGGGGCCGGCAUAUUUGGCAUUGUCACGGAGCUUCGCGUGAAGGUGUACCCAGUGCCUAAACUAUAUGCUGGCUUCCUAGCCUUCCCCCUGGCCGAGGCCGCAACAGUCCUGGACAGGAUUGAAAAGCUCUUAGAAGAUGAUUUCCCCGAUGAAUUUAGCGGAGAUGCCAUUGCCGUGAAUCCUGAAAUGGCACCGAUGCCGGUAACCGAGCCGUGUUUUGUUUUGUUUUGGUGUUGGACUUCGAUCAGCGGAGACAUUGCGCCUGCGAAAGGUUUUCUUGAGCAGAUGAUGCAGGCCGGUAGGGUUCUGGGAAACACGGUCACGGAGACUACACCAGCCGCCUACGGCUUGGGUGACUCAUCUUCAGGAAUCUUCUUUCGCAGUCGAAACGUUGACCGGAUACAUCAGAAGGUUGGUGCCAUCCUCGCACUGCACCCUCCACCGCAUCCGCUGUCUGCUGUCAUCUUUCACAAUAACCACGGCAAGGGGGUUCGACAUGAAGUCUCAGAUAAUGUCGGGGCGGCCUUUCCGAAUCGGCACCAACAUGUCAUUCUCGGGCUCCAUGGUGGCACUAAACCAGGUCAGGUCGAUGCACAGGAGCUUGCAGAUGCAACCAGAUGGGUUACAGAAUUAGAGGAGGCGAUUGAUCAGACCGGUCUCUCGUUGCAAGGAGGGUUCCCUGCAUUUUGGCCGCCAGAUCAGGUGGAUGUAGAAGGUUUCUUUGGGGGGCAGGGGGCCACAAGACUGCAGCGAUUGAAGGCGCGGCUGGACCCGAAUGAUCUAUUUCACCAUGCGCUGCCCGGUCUCAAAGCAGGCUGA